GUAAAUAUCACCGCAAUUCGGUGGUCUAUAGGUGUUUUAUAGAGGCUUGCUUUAUUUAUAUAUUGAUAAGACCAUCGCGAGGUGUUGAUUUGGGUUGUGCAAGAUGAAUCUGAGGUUGCAGAAGCGUUUGGCCGCUUCGGUAUUGAAGUGUGGUAAAGGUCGUAUAUGGUUAGACCCGAAUGAGAGCAAUGAGAUUGCUAUGGCCAACUCUCGUUUCAGUGUUCGCAAGCUGGUUGGUGACGGUCUCAUCAUUAAGAAGGCUGUUGCUCCACACAGUCGUGCUCGUAUUCGUUUGAUUCAUGCUUCUAAGCGUUUGGGUCGUCAUGCUGGCAUUGGUAAGCGCAAGGGUACAAAGGGUGCUCGUCAGCCUCCAAAGUUGUUGUGGAUGCGUCGUCAGCGUGUUCUUCGUCGUAUGUUGACUAGGCUUCGUGACACUAAGAAGAUUGAUUCUCACAUGUACCAGAACUUUUACAAGCGUUGCAAGGGUAAUCAAUUUAAGAACAAGCGUGUGUUGUUAGAGGCCAUUCACAACCAGAAGAACGCGUGGGUUAAGCAGAAGGCUGAGAGCGAGCAGAUUGAGGCUCUUAAGGCCAAGGCUAAAGCCAUUAGGGACAAGCGCAGGAGCAGGUUGGCUGCUCGCGCUGCUUAAGCGUACUUUGAUAAUGAUC